CGGCGCACUGGGGACCCGCCGAGGUGCCCCGUGGACACCCGGGAGCGCAAGGUGAGACGCCACGUGCUCGCAGGACCCAAGUGGAGGGAAAGUUCGCGUCCGUGGCUAGGGCUCAGCUGGUGUGGCCACGUGAGGAGCGAAAAGGGCAAGUCCGCUUGCACGGGUCUGCUGAGGCUGGGAGUGGAAGACGGAAAGGGUGCAGGGGGCCGGAGAGGCGCUCCCUAAAUCCUCUCCGCACCGUUGGUUCUGGGCUCUAAGACCUUGGUCCGAAGACCUGGCCAGGCGUCCCAGCAAGACACGCAUCCUCAGACCCUGUUGGAGACGGUGCUAUCCACCCUCGCCACCCCCGAGCAGUUCACCGUGAGAUCGCGGAGGUCUCACGCUGCCCGCGCCCCGGACAGCAUCGCUAGAACGUCCGGACCAGGUCCCCUGAUUCCACCCCGGAGAGCGUCGCGGGCGAGGUUCCAUAGGAGGAGGCCAGCGGCGCGAGCUGCCACGCACGCAUUGUUUGAAGACGCGAAGGUGGGGAACCCUGGUACCAUCCAGAACAUGGGGAGUGGAAUGGCAGUAACAGUGGAGUCUGCAUCUGCCUUCCCUGCACAACCCCACCAGAAUGGCUGCUUUUGGACACACAUUCCCCUUCUAUGCUGGCCCCAAGCCAACCUUCCCAAUGGACACCACCUUGGCCAUCAUCAUCACCAUCUUUCUUACUGCACUGGUCACUUUCAUCAUCAUCCUACCUGGCAUUCGGGGCAAAACGAGGCUGUUCUGGCUGUUUCGGGUGGUGACCAGCUUAUUCAUCGGGGCUGUGAUCCUGGUUCUGAGUGGUCUGUGGGCCAGGUCAGCACCAACACAUCAUACAAGGCCUUCAGUUCCCAGUGGAUCAGCGCUGAUGUUGGGCUCCAUGUUGGGCUGGGAGGAGUCAACAUCACACUCACAGGGACCCCAGUGCAGCAGCUGAAUGAGACUAUCCAUUACAACGAGGAGUUCACCUGGCGCCUAGGGGAGAACUAUGCUGAGGCGUAUGCAAGAGCGCUGGAGAAGGGGCUGCCAGACCCUGUGCUCUACCUGGCUGAGAAGUUCACCCCGACCAGCCCAUGUGGCCUGCAUGGCCAGUACCGCCUGGCAGGACACUACACCUCGGCCAUUCUGUGGGUGGCAUUCCUCUGCUGGCUGCUGGCCAACGUAAUGCUGUCCAUGCCUGUGCUGGUCUAUGGUUGCCACAUGCUGCUUGCCACGGGCAUCUUCCAGCUGUCGGGACUGAUCUUUUUCUCCAUGGCCACGCCACUCACCCCACCCUGUCCUCUGCGCAUGGGCACUGCUAUGCUACACUUUCACCGUGGACCUGCCUUCUGGAUCACGCUGAGCACAGGACUGCUUUGUGUGCUGCUGGGCCUGGCCAUGGUUGUGGCCCACAGGAUGAAGCCCCACAGACUGAAGGCUUUCUUCAAUCAGAGUGUAGGGGAGAACCCUGGGCUGGAGUGGAAUCCUGAAGAAGGGGGACUCCUGAGCCCCCGCUACCGGUCCACAGCUGAGAGUCCUGAGCCCCAGGACAUUCCUCUGUCAGAGGCAUCCUCCCAGGCAUGCUGUAAGGAGCAACCCAGAAUGUCUGACCCUGACCCAUAAGGUUCCUCUCCCUGGUGGCCACCCAGACUUCCAAUGUGAUUCCAGACCUCCUUUGGGCCUCCUGAACCUCCCUCCGGAACUGCCCAUAGAAUGGGUUGUAACGGCCCUCCAGCUCCGGUCUGUAGGUGGAGUCAAAAAAGGAGACUCUCUCUAUCGAUGUUGACAAAACAAAAGAAAAGACCUAAGGUGCUGAACAGAUAUUGGAACUGCCCAUACACCUUGUCACAUGGGAAGACCAAAUGUUUCCACACUGCAACCCUGCCUUUUUUUUUUAUGCUUUGCCUGUGUCAGAUUCCAUUUAUUGAAACCUAGCAUCACCCCCAUAAUGAUGAUUCUGUGGUCCCUCUCAUCCCUCUACACCUCUUGUUUGCCUUUUUCCUGGGUCCCCUUUGUUCUUCCUUUAUUUCCCCAGCUUGUGUGACCUCUUGGUACAAUGAAAGAGACACUCAGAGGGAGAAGAAACCAAACUUCUUACCCUAGGCCUAAUAUUAACCAACUGUGCCACAUUCUCUUUGAGUUUCAGUUCUCAAGUUUGCUAAAUAAAAUUGUAAGACUUGCCAAGGACCUUUUAAAAAA